CAGAUGAGCCUUAAAAAGAACCUAAUUUGCCCUAUGAACAAAUAUAAAGCUCCCAUGUUAGCCCAUAUCCGAUUCAUGAGUAACAAUGCAAUAUGACGUCAAUUGUGGGCUGGGCUUAAGAAGCCCAUUGGUAUGCCCUAGCUUUAAACUCCGGCUCGUUGCCAAAAUACGGGUCUUCACAAUCAUAAGAUUUCUCUUCUUGUGGCGCCUAAAACGGCUUGUAAAAAUGUGAAUGCUCGAAAAGGAUGAAAAUGAAACUCCAACUCAAGGUAGCAAAAACAUGCAACCCAAGAUCAGUUCCUUUUUCAAGUCCUCUUUUUCAUCUCCUGCUCCGGAUCCCAUCGUCGAGGAUGGUGGCGGCUCCGACGAUGAUGAGCUGGCGCUUUGGAGGAAUACUCAACACACAUUCGUCAAUACUUACAAGCGUAGAUCUACAAAUUCUGACAGAUCCAACAAUCGAAGUGUGCCCACGGAGUCCACUUUGAAAGUUUUGUGUUCAAAACCAGUGGAGAUAGUUCCUGCAAAAACAUUGAACAAGAAGAGAAGUUAUGCACAAUUCCAUCUAGAAUUAGGUCAAUCUGAUUUCCUUCUCCAUACAUGUACUACGUGUGGGAUCAAAUACGCUCCUGGAGAUGAAGAGGAUGAGAAGACACACAAAACGUUUCACAACAACUACACUCACGGUAUUCCCUUUAAGGGCUGGCGCAAUGAAAGGACUGUUCAUAUGCCUUGCAUUGAAGGUGGGCACAUUGUUUUGGUGCUAGAUUGCGACCCUCUUGCUCAUAGAAAUAAGGUCCAAGAGGUGGUAAAGAUGAUGGAAAUUGAGCUUGGUGGGGGUUGGAUUCUGCAUAAACUGUGUAAGGUAUAUCUGUAUAUUUCCUCCCAUAGGAUUGCUGGUUGUGUGAUUGCAGAGCCCAUAGAAGAAGCAUUUCAAAUUCUCUCCAGUCCAGUGGAUGGGAGUUCUAAUGGUGGUAUCCCGAAGAAAACAAGGUUGAAUUCAACUACCCUCCAUUUUGGUGGAGUCGUUUUACAGAGAGAAGCGAUGAAAAGAGUCCCUUCAGCUAGUUGUCCAGAGGUAUUGGAUGGAAAUCACAGUGGAGUCAUUGUCUGUCAAAAGGAACCCAAAGCUGCUGUGUGUGGCAUCAGAGCUAUUUGGGUUGGUCCAUCCAACAGAAGAAAACACAUCGCCACCCAGUUACUAGAUGCUGUGAGGAGAAGCUUUUGCAUGGGUUUUGUCGUUGAACAAUCACAGUUGGCAUUCUCCCAGCCAACCUGUGCUGGAAAGGCAUUGGCAUCUAGUUAUACAGGCGACAAACCUUUUCUGGUGUACAAAACUAACAAUUUGAACUCCUAGGUGCCUAUGAAGCCUAUGUCUCCCUAUAGCAUUCAGAAUUGCUAAGUGGAAGUUUAUUGGGUAGCAGCGUAAGCUACUGAAAUUUGGAGAUUGAACAUCCAGCACAGCGCUGCAAAGGUAUGAUAAUUGGUAGAAGUCACCUGAAUGGCGAAAACUUGUAAAUUCUGGAAGCGUCAAAAACUUAUAUAUGCUUAGUAGUUAGAUCACUCUUUAAGUUUUUUU